AUGUCCAACAAGCCUUCAAAGCAAGCUGACAUCGAACUCAGUUUUGCCAAAACCGACCAAGGUGAGUUCAAAUUGAUCCCCACAAACGAAAUAAAAGAAGAACUAGACUCUUCCUUUGUCAGCAAAAAACCUCCAAAUUCAGACAAUUAUAUCAAGGCCUUUAUGAUUCUUUUCGCUAUCGGCAUCAAAGUGUGACAGCCCUUGGCUAUUUCAGCCUCUCGCCGAGAAGAUGGGAAAUACAACUAUAACAAAACGACCAUGGUUAUCCUUGUGGAGCUUGCCAAGUUGAUUGUGUGUGGAUCCGCAUUAAUCAUCACUUUGGCUAACACUGAAGGUAUCAGACGACGUGCUCUGACGAAUUUAAAAUUCAGAGAAUCGCUUCACUUUUUAGUCCCUGCAGUCUUUUAUGCAGGCUCAAAUACACUGGUCUACUAUGGGUUGAGCUACAUUGACCCAGCGUUAUUCCAUGUAUUUGGGAAUAUUAGAAUUAUUACUGCAGGAGUGCUUUAUAGGAUCAUUAUGGGCAAAAAACUGUCUGAUAUACAGUGGCUGUCAUUAAUUUUACUUACUUGUGGAGCUGUUCUUGCUACUCCUGGAGUAUCUGAGGCUAGCUUUGAUGGGAGCAAGACGUUUGUGGGUCUCUUAUUUAUCACUUUGAUGUGUCUUUUGAGUACUUCUGCUAGCAUUUAUACAGAAAUGUAUUUCAAAAAGACCAAAGAGCUCAGCAUUUGGUACCAAAACUCAGUUUUAUAUAUUUAUGGAAUCAUAGUGAAUGCCAUCUAUUUAUUUUAUACUGAAGAAAGUGACAACUCACAGCCAGGAGUUUUUGAAGGGUGGGAUAUUUACACAUUUCAAGUGCUUUUCGUGCAGUCAACAAUGGGACUUAGUCUGUCAUUCCUGUUCAAAUUUUUGGAUAAUAUCAUUUAUGUUAUCUCUUUGACAGUUUCUAUGUUUAUCACAGCGUUUUUAAGCUCAAUUCUCUUUGAGUUUGAAUUCAACUUGGCGUUUAUAUGUGCAUUGGUCGUUGUCACAGCAGCGAUUUACCUCUACAAUAGAUCGAAAAUAUUAGAAAAGUAUGAUAUAGAUGAAAAGAACUUUAAUCUUUAG